GCAAAUUCUAUUCGCUGGUGUAUCUGUCUUGCGAAGCCCAAUUUAUUUUGAGAUGAGGUCUCCCUAAGUUCACUCAAGUGUUGAUAGAUAUUCACCAUCGGGAGGAGGCACACAAUUGAAUACCCCUAUCCCAGAGCCGCCUCUAAGCAACUAUGGAUGCCGAGAAAAGAUUUCCGAUACCUACACUCGGGAAAUCAUUAAAGAGUGGACGCUAUAACUGGCCCAAUCCAGAGGAUUCGACUGGCGAGCAGUACAAGAAUGCCAAACUCCGCCGCUACAAGUGUUGGAAAGCUGUCGGUGAGGUUCGACAGAAGUUCGAGGAAAUUGCUCCCGAGAUCAAAACCCAUCUCGAACAGUGUUGCGACCGGUUAGCACAUAUCGUGGUUUGGACGGUAUACAUGAUUGGCCGUACUCGAAAAGAAUCAGUACCCACUAUAAUGUUCUGCGGAAUAGACAAGAACGCCCGCACUGAAGUUAAAAAGAUGAUCAAGGAAAGUGGAAUUAUGGACAGAUAUCCGGGCUUUCGGAUCGGCAGCUGUACGGAGGAGUUCCAACACUAUGCCAGGCGCAAACGCCGCAAACACCGCAAACCUGGUGUUCAAACAUGUUCUGGAUCCUCAGCCGAAGUUAUGAGAGCGAUACAACACCCCCCUUCAGAUACAAAGAUUGAGACACCGAUAUUGCACGAUCGUCUACCUAUUAGUAUUCGCGACCAUGACCAAGAGUUUUGGAAUGUUACAGAGAGUGUUGAAGAUCGCCAACAAACACAUAAUGACACCGCUGCUGGCGGUGGCAAAGCAAUCCUAUACUCCCCUUCAGAUAUAGGGCCUGGAAUGAGAAUACUCAUCCAAGGUUUCCAUGGUGACUAUUUAUCAUUACGACAGGCUACAGGCGGAGGUUUCAUUCGUCAUCGAGAGUCGAUUUUCCUGACAACAGUGGCGCAUGCUUUCCAUGAAGACGUUGUGAACGCAUUCCCAAACUCUCCCGAGAACUAUGAUAUUGAGUUCGAACUCGAUGACGACAGUGAAGAAGAAGAAGAAGAAGGAGAAGGAGAAGGAGAAGGAGAAGACGACAUCGAAUGUUCAAGUACAUACAGUGUCAGUUUUGCAGCAUCUGAGACUUCUGAGUUGGACCACUCAACAAUCUCAGGGAGGACAUUCUCAGAUACAACAUCGGGGUCUGAACAAAGCUUUACGACCGUCCAAGCUGCGGAUCAAAUUAUCAACACCUCAGGCGCAAAUCUAUCUCCAGUACGAAUUCCGGGAGUGAGUGCACAGAAAAGGGAGCCCGGGCUGUUGGUGAAGUCUGACGACCUGCUCUUACCGGUUGGAGAGCAUAUCAUUCUUUCCACAACUGGCAGUCGACCGAGUUUAGAUUACUGUCUCAUCGAAGUUGAAGCGAAUGAGCUUCUCAAAUCCAAACAGAUCCCUCUAAAAUUCGACAAAUAUUUACUCCCAGUCCUAAGUGGAAUCGUGAUGAAUGAGCCGGGAGACGUAGAUGUUGUCGCCACCACCGGAUCCGGAGGCUUGUUGAAAGGAAGACUGUCCGGAACCCCAUCAUUUCUGAUGUUACCUGGCAGCAAUCUUGUUCAAGAAGUCUGGGCUGUGAGACAUGAUACGGAGGUUGUCAAUGGCGACUGCGGGGCAUGGGUCAUCGACGCAUCAAACGGGAACCUUUUUGGACACAUUGUGGGAGGCAGCCCUCGCCUGAAAGUUUCGUACAUUAUCCCGGCUCAUUUUAUCUUCGAUGAUCUAAAGGUGCGUUUUGAUGGUGAAUGGAAACCUGCAGACGUUGCGAAACUCCGACGCUCCUGGUACAUUAAAUCAAUGCAAAGUGAGCGUGUCAGAAUCCUCGUGGGUGCUUCCACCUUCGAGGUCCCCCACGACCUUCUCACCCAUUGUUCAACAACGUUCAAAGGAUUCGAGUUUCUUACUACGCCAGAAGACCCAACAAGGGAAAUUGCCCUCCCAGAUGUAACGAAAUCAACCUUCGAAGACUUCCUCAUCUGGCUGUACGCUUAUGAGCAGAGUCUCGAGACUGAAACAAUUGAUAGCGCUUUCCACCUGGCGAUUUUUGCACAAAAGUACCAGAUUUAUGAUCUAAGGAACCAAACCUCAGAUUUUAUACGAGAAGCAUUGCGCGAUGGACACUGGACUGUUACACCAGAUAUACUCUUAGCGGUGUACAAAGUUGCUCCCUCAGGCUCACCUCUCAGACAGUUGUGUUUUUUGGGAUUCGUUUCUAUGGAAUACCAGCGUAGAGCUCUUGAUUGGAAAGCUGCGUUCAUUAAAUAUCCAUCUCUUGGUUGGGAGUAUUUCCAGUAUCGGAAUGGCAGUGAGAUGUAUCACGGCGGAAUUGAAACGGGGGGUGCGUGUCGCUUCCACGACCAUUCCAACAUCGACGGAUGGAAAACUCAAGAUCUUAUUGAUUGCCCGUAUUCUCUUUAAACUUCGCUUGAUCCAGCAUCUGGUUGUAGCAUCAAAAGUCUGGCAACGGUCAGCCACAA